UGAAACCCUAAAGUCUAGACCGCUUCGUUUCUUCUUCCUUCUUUGUCAAAAUCGAAGCUCCAUCUUCGUUCCUUGUGGAAAUUUAUGAAGGGAAAUCAAAAGGGAGUCGCCAAUGAAAGGCGUCGUCAAGCUCUUAGAAUCCGAAAACCAGACUCAAUUGCAAAAAAACCGGAACCGAGAGUUCAAAAGAGCAGUAAGAAGACUAAGAAGAGUAAGAAGAGUAGACCAGUGAGAGAGCCAGUGAGAGCACCGAGUGUAGAAUCGCUCUCAGCCUCAGAUGAGUCCGAAAGGGAGGGGUCCGAGAGAGAGUAAAUGCAACCCCUUGAGUUCUACUUCAAAAGCAGUGAGUUCCCCAAGAGUUCCAAGAUACAAACUAAGUGCUUUGUGACCAAGACAGUAAAGCUCAUCAAGGGUAAGCCUGAGGCUGAAUGGUUCACAAGCCAUCCUCAGUUUCGACAUUUCUUCCACAUGCCAGACGAAGAUAACCUAAAGAUCCAGGGGAUGUGGAUGUUACUCUUGCGCACCAUCUGUACUCCAGAAGAUGAUGUUGCAUGGUUUGCGGUUAAUGGUGUACGCAUCCGCUAUUCUAUGAGGGAGCAUGCCCUCAUCUCAGGCUUAGACUGCGUUGAUUAUCCACCAAACUACGAGAAGUUGGGGGUUAUAAGUUUGUGGAUUAUUACUUCCAUGACAGAAAGAAGAUCACCAUCAGUGAUGUGAAGCAGAAGAUGUUGUCUAUGCCGCCGUGUCAAGAUAGAUUGAAGAUGACUGUCUUGUUUUUUCUUGGUCGGGUUAUCAGAGGAAAGCCGAAGGAUUCUGGACAUUUAAACCUCUUCAUAUUAAGGAUGAUGGACGAUUUAGAUGCUUGCAGAUCAUUUCCCUGGGGUCGUCUAACAUUUGAGGAUGCAAUAAAGGAGAUUAAGCAUGUGAUGAACCAUUUGAAGGGCGAAGUGAAAGAGGCAUGCGCCUUUCCUGGUUUCAUAAUCCCUUUAGAGGUUCUGGCUUUUGAGUGUAUUCCGGAUUUGGGGAAAACGUUUAGAAUCUAUUCAGACGACGCUAGUGAAGACUGUCCAAGGAUGUGCAAGAGUCGGUUUACAAAGUCCAGUCUUAGGGGUUAUCCUUUGGAAGACAUAUAUGCUGCGGUUGGAGACACAAAGGUUAUCAACAGUGUGUUAGUUCCACCUAUUGGUGAGCAAAUUAUGCUGGCUCGUAUCAUUGAUGAGGAGCGAGAGUAUGACCGUCAGGGCAGUCCAAGUGAUACUUGGAACUACUGGUUAAAUGUGAAGCAGAAGAAUAUUUGGUGGAAAGAGCUAUAUGAGUUAGAUCAAGCUGCACGGGGAGUGUUGCCAAAAAAGAAAGACAAAGAAAAGGUGACGUUUGCAGAAGGAUCAUCCUCUAAUUCUGGUUUAGAUUCGAGGAUGCAAGGUCUAGAAGAGAGGAUUUUCGAGUUCAUGAGGAUUUGUUGGACUUCACGUAACGGUGGAGACAAAGCUGGAGUCUCUAGGCUCAAGGAUGAGCGUUAUUGAAAAGAACCAGCGGCUUUUGAGAAGAAAGGCUAAGAAAAUAGAAGACAGACUAACUUCUAUUGAGAGUAAGAAGGAGCCGAGUCAUGAUGAAGACAUGGAUUUUCGACAGUGGGACUAUGGUACACAUGAAGAGAAAGACAAAGCUAAUGCUGAGCAAGAGGCUGGGAAAGAGAAGGAUAACAUCGAGAAUACUGAGCAAGAGGCUGAGAGAAAAAAAUGAAAAUAGUGAUGAAGAAGAAGGUGAAGAGAAAGAGGCUGAUGACAAUGCUCAGCAAGAGGGUGAGAAAGAGAAGGAAAAUAUCGAGGCUGAUGAGCAAGACAAGGAAGACAGUGAGAGUGAGACUGAUGAUUGAAGCAAUUGCAGGAGAGAAGUAGAGCACAAGCUGAUAAACUGUGGAAGGAAAUUGAAGCAGAUGGAUAAGAGGUUGGAGGGAAACAUGAUGAAGAAGAAGGUGAAGAGAAAGAGGCAGAAACGAGAGAGGAAGAGAAGGAGAACAGUGAGGAUGAUGAGAAAGUUGAAGAAAAAGUUGUGGAAUCUGAGGUUGAAGGUGAAGAUGAUCAAGCAGAGGUUGAAGGGAAAGAGGAUCAAGAAGAAGAAGUUGAAGGGAAAAAGUCUGAAACCAGGAAGCAAGAAAAGGAGAAAGAGGCUGAUGACAAUGCUCAGAAAGAGGGUGAGAAAAAGAAGGAAAUAUCGAGGCUGAUGAGCAAGACAAGGAAGACAGUGAGAGUGAGAGUGAGAGUGAGAGUGAUAAUCAAGCAGAGGUUGAGGAUCAAGAAGAAGAAGUUGAAGGGAAAGAGUCUGAAACCAGGGAGCAAGAAAAAGAGAAAAGUGAGACUGAUGAGGUGGAAUCUGAGGCUCGGGAGGCAGAGAUAGAAAAAGGAACUCCGACACCACCACGUGGGAAUCAGACAGAGGGAACUCCCAAAGAUGAUCACAAUGAGCCUCGGGUUGAGACGAACAGAACUGAUGAAACUCCAACACCACCACGUGGGAAUUAGACGGAGGGAACUCUCAGACCACUACGCGGUAGGACUAAGGAAAUGGCUGCGAGGAGACUAGUGACAAAGCCUAUGGAGGAAGAACCUGGAAAAGGUGAAAAAGUUGUGGAAGAAGAGAAAAAAAAGGAAGAGGCUGUGGAAACAGAGGAAAAAAGCAGAGAGAAAGUUGCGGAAGAAGAGAAAAAAGAGGAAGAGGCUGUGAAAGUUGUUGAGGAACAGACUGGGGAAGUUGUCAAGGAACAGGCUGGAGAAAUUGUUGAGGAAUAUACUGAGGAAAAAAAGCAAAGGUGGAUCAUGGUCGGUUACAAGGAAGCACCGAGUCCUUGGAUCAUGUAUAGGUGCAAGGAGAAUGCCGAUGUUGUUGUACCUAAGAAGAGUGGCAGACCAAAAAAGAAAUCACAGUGGGUGCAGACUCCUUUCACGGAGGGGAACAAGCGUAAAACAAAGUCUUACGCUUAUGUAUUUAGGAUUUUAUGUUUAAAACUUGUUUACUGAGUUUAU